CCUUACUCUCCAGCACCCACGUCACGAUCACCAUUUAAUCCCUCAUUAACCCCCUUCCCACCCCUCUCUCAAACUUCACCCGUCCGAUCUCUCAGAAUUUAACUCCUCAUCGCCACCCAGCGUCUGACGGGCACCACCUCGUUUCUUUUCUCCUCACUAUUGAUCGGCUACCAUCCUCCUGUCACCCGCAAGGAUUAACUCCCCCUUCUGGAAUCAGCUUAAUUUCGGACCCAAUUCAACCCCCCACGAUGCCGGCGGCCAGCUCUGCGACGGCUACCACCACCGUCACCACGAACGGUCGCUCCAGCCGGUCUGGAAGCUCGAAGAAGAUGGUCGUCUUGAAACUGUCACCCGAUCUACUAAGCCAGUUUGCGACACCACUCCCCGAGAUCAAGGAGACGAAGAAGAGAAACAGCGACACCCCGGCUCAGUCUCCGGUCAAGAUCAAGGAGCCUUCAUCACCGGCUUCCUCAUCGGCGGAACUGCCGCCCCCACCCUCCUCCGUGGACAAUGCCUCCGAUGCAGCUUCCACGCCUGCUGCGGGCACUUCCGCUGCCGACACACCCCGUCGCAAGGGCGUGCCGGGUCCUAAGCCUGGGAGCAAACGGGGUCUGGGCCAGACCGGAGAGACGUACCCGAGGCCGAGAGGCAAGCCUGGCCCCAAGAAGAAACCUAGACUUGACGAUGGCACUGUCGACCAUGUCAAGUUGUCUGCCAAUCACAAGCUCGGACCCAAGGCCAACCUGGGCGCGAUCAAUGCCGGUCUACGGGCGUUGGAUCGUACCGGUGCCCCGUGCCGGAAAUGGGAGCGCAAGCCCUUGCAGCUGAAAAGCUUCACGGGCAUCCAAUGGGCUCUGCCGACCUGGCGUGCCCCCAGACCGCAAAAGCCCGAAGAGAACGGCGAGGCUAAAGAGAUGGCCCUCGAAACAGGCGACAGUGACAGCAAAGCCAACCAAAGCGCCAGUGGCGUCCCCAGCGAAAAGAGCAACGGGGGUGAUGGAGACCUCACCCCGCUGCCUUCUAAUAUACAUGACGCCUCCUCACCGGCUCCGGCCAUUGCCAUGACUGCAUAGUCAUCUCAUCUCGCCGUCUUACACUUACUUAAUGUUUUUCUUCUUGUAUCAUAUUCAUCUUUGUUUCCCCUUUCACUCAUAUCUCCCUCCAUAUAUCGACUUACGUUUUUAUUACUUGUGAUGGUCGUGUGACCAUUCUUCGGUCAUCUCUUUUGUUUUCUGCCUUUGUUGUUGGGUUGGCGUUGGGACGAUCUCGGUCAGGUCACCUCAGCGAACUGCUACACAUGAUGGAUAUUUAUC